CUUUAAAAUGAUGAAAAUUACAUUUUUCUAUCUCGAUCCUUUUUCGAGAUAAUUAAAGCUUUUUAAAGAAUUCCACUAAAAUUAGCACAUUCACAACAAACAACACAAAAUAUCUUUUAUCUUGUCUAGUUUUCGAGAUAUUGAACAUUUUCUUAAAGAAUUGCACUAAAAAUUAAUGCAUUGUCUCCCUUCAAUAUCGCAAGGCCAACCGCGAUCCUCCAUCUCCGGAUCUCCCCAUCUCAUCAUCUACCGGGGCCGUUCGAAAUGUCCCCCGUAAACGGGGACUUUUUCCUCGUUUGCGUAACGCCACGCCGUUCCCGAUAUACAUUCGCAGCCGUCCAUUCGAUGUCGGUGUGAUAUUUUAAUUUUAGCCCAACCUUCGCGCGAUAUUCGACUUUCCGCCAUCGGUUAUUGGCGUCGAAUUUUCCAGCCGUGCACAAGUCUAAAAUGAACGGAAGGAAAUUACUGAAAAAUAUUCCGCACGGAACAAACGAAUCUGUGAUUUCCAUGUGAUCGAUUGGCUUCGCGAAAAGUGAUAGUUGUUUUUAUUAGUGUAUAAUAAUUUAGUUGGUUUUUUUUUGAGUGUAACGAUGAUUACUAUACCGAUUUACGGCACUUCGCAAAGCGACGCUCAUUUGAUCCAAAAACGAGUCGUUUCCGACUUGUACAAACAAAUGAAGGAACAAACAUACACGCCUACUCGAUCAGUGAGCAGCGCCGCUAAUUUGACGUCCCUCUGCGUCGACAUUUCGCCUAGUUUGAGCAAUUUUUUCGAGGUACUUUACAUAGGAAAGAUAAAAGUGUGGCAGAAGAAAGUACCGGAAUCGUUCGUGGACGAUGCCCUGGAGAAAUUCCGGACGCACGAAUUGGAAAAAUUCAAGGGCAAACAAUUGGGAAGCAUCGGGAGGUUAAAAAGCGAAAGCGAUAUAAUCAGAAGAGGAUCUUCGGUCCCAAUCGGUGCACUCGAACCUGACGAGAACCCCGCUCGGCCCCUCCCUCGCCGACUCCCUCUCGGCCAUAUCGGAGAAACAGCGAGACCCGCCGAAGCCCCGCCGGAGCCGCCCGAACCCCUUCCCGAAUCCAACGACGGAAACAACAACAACAACAACAACAACGACGACGAUGACGGCAAAUCCGUCAACAUGGACGACCACAACAGGACGAUGGUCCUGCAGAUCGACAGGACCGACCUGCGGCUGAUCAGCCCCGACAGGAAGAUCAUACUGUUGCACAAGAAGCACAAGGACAUCACCACGUGCGUGCAGGGCCUCAAGAAACCCGAUUACUUCGGUUUCGUGUGCAAAGAGGGCACGAAUUCGUACACCUUCGUCGGGUACAUAUUCAAAUGCGAGUCCUCGUCGAUCGCCACCGACGCCAUGGCCGCUAUCAAUCAGGCCUUCUCCAACGUCGAUUCGAGACCGAGAGCGAACGUCACGUCCUGCGAACACUGCCCGAUGGUUUGGUACCACAAACUCUGCGUCGAAGUCGAAAACAUGUCGGACAGAAAAACCCAAGCGGCCAUACUCAGAAGGAUAGAGCAACUGGACGAGGACGAGCAGACGACGGUGCUGACGAAGUUCCGCGGCGCCGAGACGGACUCGGUGCGCGAACAGAACGAAUUUCUGAUGAUGUUGCUGCGCGCCCAUUGCGAAUCGAAGCAGGCGCGACACGUGCACGACACCGCCGAGAACCGUUCGGAGUUCCUCAACCAGUACUUGGGCGGCAGCACGAUCUUCACCAAGGCGAAGCGCAGCCUCAGCAAUUCGUUCGAUCAGCUGCUGAAGCGCAAAGCUUCGAAGGACGACUUCGGGGCGACGUUGAAGGGCUUGAAUUUGCCCAUAAGCAAGGAAUCGUCGCCGUGCGUGAACGACGAGUCCGAUAAGGAAUCGGAGGGCGGCCGAUCGAGAUCGUCGACGAUCGGAUCGAAGAGCGAUCUGACCGAUUUGAGCCAUUUGAGCGUUAGAGAAAACUCCGCCAAACUUUCCGUGUCUCCGGACAAGAACCUGCAAUCGGACAAAGGACCGAAAUCGCCUAUGAUGGACAUUUUCCUGAAAGUGGGCAACACGCCGAAAGCGCCCUCUAUCGACUUGGGCCUCGGAUCGUCGGGCAAACCGGACGCCGGUUCGUGGCGACAGGCGAUAUUCAAGCGCGUGGCGGCCCACAAGGGCGCCGAACCGGCCGCGGCGCAGCCGACGCGCCGGCGCACCAAAGACGAGCUGAAGGUCCUCUGGAAGAAGUCCAUCUACCAGGCCAUCCUGCUGGCGCGCAUGGAGAAGGAGAACGCGCGCAUCCGCGCCGAACAGGAGGAGUCGGCGGUGAAGCGCAUCAAGCUCGAGUACGACGACAUGCGCGCCCACCAGCGCGAUCUCGAGGUGUGGGAGAUGGUGGCCAACAGGAAGGACUCGCCGUCGAUGCGGCUCGACACGGUGAUGCUGGCGCAGGCCAUACGGCAGGGCGUGCCGCGCGGCAAACGCGGCGACGCCUGGCUGUUUCUCGCCGAGCGGUACAGCGCGAAAACGGCGCCCGUCGAUUCGACCAAAUGCCCCAACUACUACGUGCCCUACGACAAGCUGCUGAAGCAGCUCACCUCCCACCAGCACGCCAUUUUGAUCGACUUGGGCAGGACGUUCCCGAAUCACUCGUACUUCAGCAGUCCUUUGGGACCCGGCCAAUUGGCGCUCUUCAAUCUGCUCAAGGCCUACUCGCUGCUCGAUCCGGACGUCGGCUACUGCCAGGGGCUCAGCUUCGUGGCCGGCGUGCUGCUAUUACACCUGGAGGAGUCGCAGGCGUUCGCGCUGCUGAAGCACCUGAUGUUCCAAAGGGGCAUGCGCGCCCAAUACCUGCCCGACAUGGUCAGUUUGCAGAUCAAGCUCUACCAAUUGUCGAGGUUGAUACGCGACCAGUUGCCCGACAUCUACGAGCACUUCGAUUUCUACGAGGUGGCGCCCACUUUGUACGCCGCCCCCUGGUUGCUCACCGUGUUCGCCUCCCAGUUCCCCUUGGGAUUCGUCGCCAGGAUGUUCGAUAUGAUCUUGCUCGAAGGACCCGAGGUCAUAUUCAAAGUGGCUUUGGCUCUGUUGAACCACCACAAGGACAAGCUGCUGUUGUGCGACAGCUUCGAGGAGAUUAUGAACUAUUUGAAAAUCCAAUUGCCCAAUAUCGAUAAAUUUAGUUUGGAGAAAAUCAUGAAACAGGUGUAUAUAACGGACGUUUCGAGACAACUGAACGAGUAUAAAGUAGAAUACCAAGUGCUGCAAGAAGAAAUGAACGCCGUACAACCUCAGGUGGAGGCCUUGCACAAGCUCGAGGCCCAAAAUAAACAGUUAACGGACCAAAAUAAAUCGCUCACGGCGCAAUUGGAAGCGAUGUCGAGCAACGUGCAACGAUUAGAGAAGACGAGGGCGCUGCAACAAUCCCAAUUGAACAAGCUGGAAAUGCAAAACAGGGGCUUGGACGUGGCAGUUUCGACUCUAGGCGCAUUCGUGCUGUCGCUGAUCGACGACAAAGUGGACGUGGAGAUUCCGGACGACGUCCAGAGGGUCCUCUACCAGUUGAACGCCAACGAGCGCGCCAAGCCGAAGCAGAACAACCUGCUGAAGAUGUUCCAACGGUCGCCGGACAAGACGAUGCAAAAGUCGCAGAGCAUGAGCCUCAUCACCGUGCCGACGAACGCGGACGGGAGCCGCUUGCGCACGCAGAGCCUCUCGCAGAACGCCGAGAAGGUGUCGAAGUUCUUCUCGAACUCGCAUCACAGCAUCCUGCAGCAGCGGCACGGCCAGCUGAACGGCGCCGGCGCCGGCAUCGACAUCACCGUGCAGGAGUUCGAGGACGCGGAGGAGGGGUCGCGCGACGUCGACAGCGGCGUCGGGACGCCGGUCACGCCGAAGGAGUCGCACCCGUUGAGCAAUUGCGACGUGUCGUUCACGUUCAACGGCACCAGGGAGCUGAAGAGCCUCAAGAAUUUUAAGAGCUUGAGGCAGUGCGGUGGUGAUAUUAUGAGCAAAUGAUGAUUGUUGUUCGUUUUCGAUGGUUUCGAGGUGGUGACGUCAUGAGCAAACGGUGCGACCUCUAAAUGUUUAGUGACCUUGGGGAUUUGUGUGAUUGCGAAAAACGAAAUGGCGUAGGUCGGGUGACGUUUGUUUGUUUAAAAUAAUCGUGCUGUGCCGGGUUUAUGCCGUUGGCGAAAUGAUAUUAUUAAUAAAAUUAUUUUUUAAAGAUACGCCUGGCAACUUGAAUUGUACAUUAUUUAUGUUACAUCAACGGUAUUUGUUCUUCCUAUAAUUUUUUUGAUAUGUUGCGCGUUGCUUCAGGAGGCAGUUAAAAUGAAUGUAUUAUUAGGUACCCAUUUAGUUUAGUAGAUUUUCGUUGAAUGAUAUUGUGAUUAUUUGUGAAUUUCUUAGCUAAGAUGAAUUAUAUGUUUUUAUUAAACGAAGUCUUUAUAUUUUUUAUUUUAUAUGAGUUUGAGUUUCUUUUGAUUUAGUUUUAUAUCAUAUAAAAAAUUGACAGGGGACAUU